AUGGAAAGCUGUGAGGGGGGCGGGCACUGGUUCUCAUUCCUGGGAAGGGACUGCACUUACCUCACGCCAGGCCGGGGUGCUGCGGGGGCGGCCCGUUAUCGGGGCCCCGGAGCCGGUUCCUACGGCCCCAUACACCUGAGCUCGUCAACUCGUGUGCACACUCCCCUUCCUUGGCCACUCCCCUUCCUCCACCCUCCUCGGGCUCCCACACUUGCCCCCGCCCCUGGGGACACCUGCUCGUGCAGGGCAGGGCGGGGAUGCGCAGCCGCGGCCCCUUCUCCUCUCCCCCUCCCCGCCCCACCCCUCCCUCCAUCCUUCACCCGCUCCCCGGCGCCCGCCCCGCCCGCCCCGCCCGCCCGCCACUCCGGGGGGGUCUCCGCCGCCGCCGCCGCCGGAAGGAGCCGCCAUUUGCCACUGCCGAGCGCUCGGGCCGAGCCAAGCCUGAUCCCGGAGCCGGAGGGAGACUGGAACCGAGAGAACGGCGAUGGGGGGCGGCCCCGCCGCAGGAGGACCCGGGCGCGUAACCCCGGGGGCCCGGCCCGCUCCGGACCCAGACCCGCGGGGUGCGGCACCCUGAGCCCCCCUCCCCGCCCCCUGCCCUGGCCAUGGCCGCCCACCCCGCCGCCCCCGGGCCGCCAGCCCGCUCGGUCCCGCAAGCACCGGAGCCCCGGCGGUGGCAGCAGUGAACGGCUGUCGCAGGCCCCGAAGACCCCGGCCCGGCUCGGCUCUGUAGAGCGCGCCCCCUUCCUGGCCUUGUCCUCUCCCCUCCCCCCGCCGCUAGCGAGCCCCCCUUGCACGCCGCCCCCCGCCCCCGGUGUCCGGACGAUGCUCAAGUCUCGGCUCCGCAUGUUUCUGAACGAGCUGAAGCUGCUGGUGCUGACAGGCGGGGGGCGGCCCCGGGCCGAGCCGCAGCCCCGGGGGGGCGGGGGAGGCGGCUGCGGCUGGGCGCCCUUUGCUGGCUGCUCCACCCGGGACGGCGACGGCGACGAGGAGGAGUACUACGGGUCGGAGCCGCGGGCCCGGGGCCUGGCCGGCGACAAGGAGACGCGGGCCGGACCCCUGCCGCCGCCCGCGCCGCCGCUGCCGCCCCCGGGCGCGCUGGACGCCCUGUCGCUCAGCAGCAGCCUGGACAGCGGACUCCGAACCCCUCAGUGCCGGAUCUGCUUCCAGGGCCCGGAGCAGGGGGAGCUCUUGAGCCCCUGCCGCUGCGACGGCUCAGUGCGCUGCACGCAUCAGCCCUGCCUCAUCCGCUGGAUCAGCGAGAGGGGCUCCUGGAGCUGCGAGCUCUGCUACUUCAAGUACCAGGUCCUGGCGAUUAGCACCAAGAACCCACUGCAGUGGCAGGCCAUCUCCCUGACCGUCAUCGAGAAGGUUCAGAUUGCUGCCAUAGUCCUGGGCUCGCUUUUCCUGGUUGCCAGCAUCUCCUGGCUCAUCUGGUCCUCACUCAGCCCUUCAGCCAAGUGGCAACGACAGGAUCUGCUCUUUCAGAUCUGCUACGGCAUGUAUGGCUUCAUGGAUGUCGUCUGCAUAGGCCUCAUCAUCCAUGAAGGCUCCUCUGUCUACCGCAUCUUCAAGCGCUGGCAGGCAGUGAACCAGCAGUGGAAGGUCCUAAAUUAUGACAAGACCAAGGACAUAGGAGGAGAUGCAGGGGGAGGGACGGCAGGGAAGCCGGGCCCCAGGACCUCACGGACGGGCCCCACCUCUGGGGCCACCAGCCGCCCCCCAGCUGCCCAGCGCAUACGGACGCUCUUGCCUCAGCGCUGCGGUUAUACAAUCUUGCACCUCCUUGGGCAGCUGCGGCCACCAGUUGCCCGUUCCAGCUCCCAUUCUGGCCGAGAGGUUGUCAUGAGGGUCACUACAGUCUGAACUGGACUCCAGGAGCAGGGAUCUUGAGUCAAUGCAUCCGUCAGAGAAGAGCUUUCAUGGCUUCUGGAGGUACCAGCUGGACAAGGUGUUUGGGGCAUGCUGCCCCCGUCACCUGUGUGGGUGGCCUCAAGCUGGAGACAUUGUCUGGCCUCACUGCCCACUGGGUAGAGACACCUGGAUGACAUUUCAGUACCCGCUGGCAGCUCCUCACACUCAUCCAGAGACGGCCGGUGGGCAGGUGGGGAGAGCAGCUUUCCUUCCCUGGAGAGAACCGUCUUUACCUCAGCUCCUAGGGCCUCCAGCCCCCCAGCUCCACCAUGGUGACUUGGUGAAGGGGGACCAAUGCCAGAAGAAAGGGGCUGUAGACCCCUAUUCCCCACCCCAUGGCCACAGGGCAUCUGGCAAUAAGACUAGUAUACAUUGACCUCCCGUUCCCUGCAUGAGGGCGGGGACUUCCCCCUGCUCCAUCCCCCAUUGCAUGGGGGAAGGGCAUAAAGAAUCAUUUAUAUGCA